CGCCGCGCGACCAGACGAACCUGCUCAGGUGUCACGUUCCUGUUCCUUUACCUUGUGCAUCGAGUAUAAUACAAACACCGAGACGGUCUCUCUAGUAAACACGUGUGACAGUCAUAUUCCACUGUAAUUACGGAUUAAUCGCAACGAUAUCUGAGAGAAAAAUGCCGCCGCGCCUGAUCGUUCAGAAAACCAUUGCUCUUGUGAUUCUUUGCACAUUAGCAGCAGUUGCUCAAGAUACCAAGUUCCACGGUGACUCUGACGGUAUAGUUUUUCCUGGACCUAUCAACGACAGGAGUAAAGCCACGAAACCAGCGGUUCCUCCUGUUCAGCCUGCGCAGAGCCGCGAUAGAGACGUCGAAAUGAAAUCCUUGAACGUAGCCAGGAUGUUGAAUAACGCCGAUUCGGUCGACGAAAUGCUCAAACUGUUCGGCUACACGGAAAAGCAGCCCUUUGCAAUUGACGUUAGAAUAGGCGGACCUGAGGAACGCUCGAACGCCGAAAGACCACAGCUAGCCAAAUGUAUGCCCGAAUUACAGACAGUCCCGUUGAAACAAGAACACGAUCCGUCCACCAUUUACAUCCCGUCAUGCACGCGGAUCAUGAGAUGCGGAGGUUGUUGUAGCCACGAGUUGCUCUCCUGUCAGCCAACCGCCUCGGAAACACGAAAUUUCGAGGUGUUCGUGACGUCGAUCGUUGAGUUUGGACGUGUGGAUAAGCGCAUCGUGCCGUUGGAGGAACACACGAGUUGCGUGUGCGAUUGCAAGACUAAGAAGGAGGACUGCAAUGAGAAACAGACCUAUUUACCGGACGAAUGCAUGUGCUCGUGCAAAAACGUCGACGAAGAGGAGAAAUGUUAUAAAAACAACAAUACGAAAAUCUGGAAUCCAAAUCAGUGUGCUUGCUUCUGCAGACAAGAAUUAGAAUGUUCUACCGGAUUUUUCUUCGAUCAAAAUACGUGCAGAUGUCGACAAAUACCACUGUCUAGGACGUGGUUUCAGCCAUCAAAGGGUGCCGAUUAUGGAUUUGCACACACACAAAAAUCAGACAGUACACCACCUGUAAUAAUUCCAUUAGAUGCUUCAGAUCCUAGGAGAAAACCUAAGCCUGACCCAGAAUAUAAAUAAGGAUAAAGAACUAUAGACUAAAUUACAAGACUUAUAAGACAGCUAUUUAAUGAAAGAUGUUUAUUGUCCAAUCUUUCACCUU